AUGCUGUCUAAGAUCUUUGCUGUCGUCCUCGGCGCUGCUUCUCUCGCGGCUGCUCUCCCAACUUUCCACAACGUCACCGGAACCACCUUCACGGCGGCCGGCUUCGGCUGCGACAACCCGCCGUGGGGGCUCUCGCGGGACGACUGCAACUACCUGUCAAGCAUCGGCUUCACGGGGCCAGGCUCGAACCCGUCGGGGGGGUCCAACAUCCGCAUCGGCAACGGCGGGCCCAACACCAUGACCUUUUCGUCGCCCAACACGGACGUGGUGCUGGUCAUGUGGGAGCGGGUCGACGACGCGUCGGCGUUCGUGGCGGUCAACCGGCCGCGGCUGACGUGGUCGCUGCCGCGGGGCAGCAGCGUGACCGUGUCGCUCGACAACGGCGUGUCGGGCGCGUGGUCGGCCAUCUACGGGCGCCAGACGCGGCUGGCGUGGACCGGCAUCGUCGAGAACACGUGGGGCGAGUUCACGACGGGCGGCAGCGCCACUGUGAACAUCUCGCGCGAGCCCAACAUGGGCGGCAACAACUUCGUCGCUCACGUCAGCACCGGCUGCCAGGCCGACAUGGACCACUGCUCCUAUGUUUGCAAGCAGGGUAACAGCUGCUGGCAGUCGGGAACCUACAACCUCAUCGGCUGCACUGAGCAGCCCAACAAUAACGCCUACUUCGGCGGCGCCGACCCCAGCGGCGGCUGCCAGGGCUGGUCUAACAACGGUCACAUCGAUGCUUACUUCUACUAG